GGGGCUAACUAGAUCCCAGAGCAGGAGGGGUCACACAGUGAAACCUGCAGGGUGGCACUAAAGAGGAUGGAGCUGUUUAUUCUGGUUCGAAUCCCAGUGUCAGAUAAACUAGGAUCUGUUCAUAGUGGGGGCAGGUGGUAGAACAAGGAGCAACGGGCUCCAGUUGCAGCAAGGGAGGUUUAGGUUGGAUUUUAGGAAGAACUUUCUCACGAGGAGGGCAGAAUCAUAGAAGACAAGGGAUGGAAGUGACAUCUCCAUUCUUGAAGCGUGGGAGACAAGUGUGGAACAACCAGAUGUGGGGGAAGCUGAAAGUGUGGCCAGACUCACAAAGGGAUCGGACAAAUUCUUGGAGGAAAGGGGCAUCAGUAGUUGCAAGCUUUGUUCCUACCCAGAUAGAGGCAGACUCAAGCACUCAAGAAGAAAGACAGCAUGGGAUAAGUAGGUUGGAAGACUCAGAGAACGUUGAACAUCCUUCUGCGUCUUUUAAGCUGUUCCAUCCUGCCAAGCCCUCCCCCAGCUUUCUUGAGCUUCCAUUCACCCAGCGCAGGCCCAGCCGGGGUCACCGCUGCAUCCAGGCUGUAAGGCUGGGACACAAACAAUUCUCCCCCGACCAUCAGCCACAAGAGUGCAUGGGCCUGCUGGAAUGCAUGCACAACCAUCUCCAGAUUCAGACCAAGAUGGUGCAGGCCCAGUUCAGUCUGUUAGAGGGGCUGCAGGAAUCCUUAAGCCUGCUCCAGGCCACCUCAGAGCGUAGGGGUAGGCAGCAGGACAACUCAGAGACUGGCCAUCAGGGCUUGACUUCCGCCUCCAAAUGAUGUGCCCAGGAUGUGGUUGAGCUUGGAGUCCCAUUUCUUCUUAGGUUGCCUCAUCUCUGCUGCAGCUUCAGUGCCGGUGAUCACCUCUAGAGCUCUUGAGACUGGGGUUCCCGUUGUGAUGCCAAGCACCACGGUUAUGGCUGGAGCCAGUGCUUCUAAUAAAGUUGUUGUAAACACGU